AUUUCAACGGCGCGGAGAAGCGGUCGGGAGGAGGAAGGAGGCGGCCGCCAUGGCGGGAGGCCGCCCCGGGAGGCGGGCGCGCUCGGCCGGGGAAGCCCGGGAAGGUGCUGCUUCCUCUCCCCCCAGGCGGAGGUCCGAGAGAAACUUGCCUUCCUCAAAUUGUCCGGUGUUCCAGGGUAACCCCAGUGGGGUGGCCAAGAAAAUGAUGGGCACCCCGCGCCCGGGUGCCUCUGUCAUGCGCACGAUAACUCUGAGAAAGAUUAAGCCACGGAACAAGCAGGACCAGGUGAAAGAAAGUGAUUUAAUUCCUCGUCGGAGUCCAAGGAUCUCCUUAAAAGAAAACAAGGAGAACAGCCCGCCGGCGGCCCCUGAAAAUCAAAGCCCCCACGGAGAGGAGGCCACAAGGAAAGGCCAGUCUUUUACCCCGUGCUGCUCCUUGAAUCUUGACGCAGAGAACUCACCGAAAGAGACUAACGUCCUGUCCCCAGUUAGCGCCAACACGCCAGGUUCUCCACCGGAUUGCGAACGAGACCUGACCAUGGCCAAACGUGUGCGCCGGUCUUACAGCCGCCUGGACGUCUCUUUGUCCCGCAGCUUCACAGACAAGCCGGAGUUUCCCAGCUUCAGCCUCGCGGGCACCUCCACGCCCGCCGGUGGUCCCGGCAAGCGGCAAACCUUUUUCGGUUUCGAAAAGCUCCUGCUCCCAGGGGAGCUGGCUGAGCCCGCCGUUCUGCAUCUCAUCAGGGCCCCCAAGACGGCGGUUGAGGAAAGCGGGGCCCUCGGGAAGCCGGACACCAACAUCCCUGGCAUCUCGUUCGGCAGAGAAAAACGAAGGAAGAAGAAGGUGCCCGAGUUUGAUAAAUCCAAGAUGGACGAGUGGGCCGCGCAGAUGAACGCCGAGUUCGAAGAAGCCGAGAAAUUUGACCUCCUUGUGGAGUGAAAAAAUGCAUCUCCUCAGCGCAUCGUCAGUGGCCACCAUGUUCCUUGUACAUAAAUCUCAAACACCCCCCACGCCCCCCUUAGGAGGACGCUUAAGCUUUCUUAGCAUAAAGGUGUAAAAAUA